AUGAAAAUUUUUAAGAAGCUUUUUAACACCGCCUCCAAGUCAAAGGAGGCAGAACCAGCCGAACGCAAUGUUCGGUAUCCAAUUCCAGGGGAGACAUCAGGCUCACCAGUAUCGGUUCCUUCACCGGCUACAGGGUCGGAAACCUUCUACGAGGUAGAUUUAGGCGCUGAAGACGUGGAGGAAAAGAAGCUGGUGAGGAGACAAUUCCCCCUGUUUAGACCAUUUGGAUGGUUUAAAGAGAGGAGAGAGGAGAAGGAGUUAGCUGAAAGGGUUCUUUUGGCUAAGGGGAUGGUUGCCGGCAUUCCAAACGUAGAGUCAUACUGUCCUCGACUGUGUCAGGAAAUCAGAGCUUCAAUGGGCUUCUCGGAUUCCGAAUACGUACAGUCCAUUUCUCAAGGACUCACAAAACUUGAGAAUGGAAAUUACAAAUCGGGUGAUAGGAAGUUUAUUGUACACCGGGUCACAAAGAGAGAAUUUGAAAAUGUGAUCAGGUGGCUCCCUGAAAUACUUGGCGAGGACGAGUAUGAGUCGCUACUUAUACCUGUCCUUCAAUUAGUCGAGAUGCAGUUAAAGACGAAAACCAAAUACUUCGUUGUAACACGCAAUCUCGACUAUAGGACAGAGUUUUUAUUGGAAUACAAGUUUUCCCGGAAUGGCAAGGAAUCUGCUAUAUCACGUCGCCAUCCCAACAAUUUCAGGCUCACAGAAACUCGGAAGUUCCCAGAAAAUGAGGCUUGGGAUUGGUGGGAUAAUUAUCGCUUUUUAGAAGACGUAUCUUUUCUAGCUGCCAAAGAAAGAUACGGCUUCAAGUUUGUAAUAUGUGCUGCAUAUGCAGAUGAUGGGGACCAUAGAGUUUGGUAUUAUAUUGAUGAUUGGUUUAAAGACAGUCCAAGCGGGGUCUCUCGAUUAGGUCAGAGUAGGCGCAAAUUGUCUGAGAAGUAUGCUCUUUGGAUUUACAAUCUUUUCAAUUUUCAUUUGAACCUGGUGGAAGGUCCAUUGAAGAUGAAGGACUUUGAUCGCAUAUAUCAACGUCCUAGAAAAGAAAAAUCCUUUAUUCAGAGAAAGUUGGCCGAAAUGUUUUGCUGCGAUCUGAGACCCUCAAGCUCUGAAUCAAUCUGA